UAAACGAAAAUCCUUUUUAGUCGGUCAGCAGAAGCUGUUGCUUGCCUGGAAAAAUGUGUUAAUGCUCCCAUGGAAAAGUUUGUCACUUCGGUAAUUCUAGGAGGAAUUAAACAAAUGAUAUCAGAACUGUGUCGUCCUGGUUCCAGUCUGGGUAAACGUUACACGAAAUCAGCUAAAUGUUUACGUAAAGAGAACCAAUCAUUCAAGGCUUGUUCAAGAUUAUUGUCUGAAGAUUCACUUUCCACAUCGUAUCAUAGCAAACGGCCUCUUAGAGAAGCUAUUUGUUGUGCAAUAAACGAGGCAGAAAAUUGUAUUUUUGGAGAGGUGCAUAAGGCUUGUGGUUCGAGCGCAGCCGAGCUUGUCAGAGAAUUGCUAAACAAAGCCUUCUAUUCUAUUAAAAGAAUCAUUUGUUCUGGCUCAAUAUCGUGUACACACAAUGCAAAACUAUUCCACAACAAUCCCGAUGGUGGACCAGUAAAUGAUGGGAGUGAAGUCCCACAAUUAGAAGAUAACAGCAUGAAUGAAACAGUAUGGCUACCUCAAGCUUAAUCACCUAUUCUUCCCAGAGCCACUUCAAUGAUCUAAGCAGAGCACAAUUGUAAAAUACACGGCGUCCCAUAUGAAACGCCCCUUUAAUUUAUGCAUAUAUGAAAGGAAACAUAUGAAUAUACAUAAAUCGAAAUAUGCAUACAUAAUCCAUAUGAAUGGUGUUCCUCCCGCCAAUUAAAAGGUUUAUGUUUGAAUGCUCUUCUCCGGCUCUCUGAUAUUGAAUUCUAACUGUGCUAUUCUUCGAAGUGUGUCGCUGCAAGCCCUUUUUCUUUGACUUCAAAAGAUUUCGGUAGUUUUGUGAAGUUUUAACAGUUCAAUGUAUCAUACUGUGACCAACAGUUCCAUACGUUUUCUGUACAAUGAAAUACAUUAAAAAUGUCUGAAAGUUGUGUGCUUUAAUGCUUAACUGAAACUAAGAUUGAACCACUUAUUUGUGUAAACGAUAGCAUAUCUCAGACGCCUAUCUUCUGCGAAUGCAAUACUUAUUGAAGAUGUACAAUGGGAUUUCCAAUCUCUUAUAUCCUGCUGUUUUGAAUACUUGCGUAUUUUAAAUGAAAUUGUGACUGAUCUAGGGAAAGUUACAAAUUCAGGACACGAUAAUGAGUCAGAUCCAGCAAGAAGUAGAUGUAUUACUUUUGUGGAACAUGAAGCAGUGAAUUGCAUUUUAUAUGGGACAUCUUAUGCUACGUUACAUUAUCUUAUGUAAACUUUUCUUUUUUUAAAAGCAUAUAAAUGUUUGGAAGAUAUUUUUUUCCAGAAUACACUAUGUGCAACUAUUAACUGCAUGUAAGAUGUUUUUAAAUAACACUGAGAAAGAGAUAAUUUAUUGAUCAUAUACAAAAAAUACUUUUCUAACAAACCAUUAAUUUAGAAGGAAGCAUGCAAAAGACGUAAGGACUGACUGACAUUUCUGUUGAAAGUUCUAUUUUAGUGCAUUGAUGAGUCAGCACUUGUUUUAAGUAUAGAGACUAACUAGAUAUUAAAUAUUGAAUUAAAAAGUGUGCUAGUGAUAAUAAAUAGAGAAGCAAAUAUUGGAGAGCAUUUACGUAUUUAUUUUAAAUGUAAUAAUUGCGUCUAUUAUAAUUGUAACGUUAUAUCAAUUGGUUCAAAUAUUAAAAUUUCGCACUUGUCAAUGACAUUAUUAAAUUAAAAUUGUUACUGGGAAGGGUCUCAGUGCACAUACCAGAUGUUACUGCUGUGUUACAUUUCAAAGGACAGUAACUAAUAGUAAUAAACAUCUGUUCUUUGCUUGUGUUUAUUUCUGUUUGUAAAACAAUUCUAGACUAAAAAUUGAAAUUUAAAAAAAAUUAUUCUUCUUUCGAAACAAAUUAUUUUCAAAAAAGGCAUUGCCUUAUACUUCUUUGCCCUUUAAUGAGAUAAUUUUGCAAGAGAAGAAGAGGAAGAAUGAUCCUGUUUGUUUCCAUUAGCUAUACAUAAGUCACGUGACCUCCGAGAAUCUACACUGUUCGCUUACUUUAGCUAUUGACAAGUCACGUGAUCUCUGAGGUCAUCAGAAUGUAUCUCAUUGGCAAAUGGUGAAAACACAUGUUACUUCUGAGCAGGGGCGUAUCAUGAAUUUCGUUAAAGGACAUGUUGCUGAACACUAAAUAUUUCGAAAAUUAUAUCAAUAAAUGAAAACUAGAUUUAAUUGUAUUUGAAAGUUGAAUAUAGCUUUUGCGUAUUAAUAUGCUGUAAAACAUUGCAUAAUAUGAAAAAUACUUAAAAGUAUAUAAUAAAAAUUUUUAAUUCCUCAGCUUUAAGGUGUAAAAUGAAAAUUUUUCGGGUAAAGUUUGCAGACAGUUUAAAUCGUAAUUCAGUUUUGCUUUAUUUAUCCAGAUCGUACUAUUUCCAAGAGUAAUCUGCAGAUGAAUUACAUUCAUUAUUGAUAAAAUUUUAUAUUAAUCAUUGAUAAAAAUUUGAGCAAUGGUACAGCUAAGGCUGAUAUUAACAAAAUCAGCUACUCGAUCUUACAAAUUUCACUGAUCAUGUUACAAAUGCUCUUAAUAUUUAUAACAUGGUAUAAGUUUAUGUACAAGUUUAUUAUUACGUACAGUAUGAGCAUGCCUCGUGUUUUGCCUUUUAUAUUAUAUAUACAGUCUCUUUACGUUUUAUCAUCUUAAAGAAAUUUUUAUUUUUUAGAAGACGAUCAAAAUUUAACUAUUGGUAGAAUUAAGCCUUUAAAAGCCCGUCUGUUUCUUUUGAGUCUGUUUAUUUUUCAAAUUUAAUUAUUACAUUGUCACAGGGUCUCAAACUCAAAUUUCACGCGAGCCAAAUGCAUGAUCUGAAAGUAGCAGACGUGCCACAAUAAAAAAAAGAACAAAGAAAGAAAAACACUUUUUUCUGACAAAAUAAAAUUUUUUAACUAAAUUAAAAAUUGUUAGUACAUAUUUUUCAAACUGUAUAUAGAAAAAUAAAGAAACAAAAAUCAAGUUGAUAGAGAAUACAUAGAAAAAUAAAGAAAAACAAAUCAAGUUUUUGUUUUCUGCCUGAAAUCUUAAAGUUGGUACCUGCAAAAAAUUUCUCUAUAUCAUUCACUCACUCAUUAUAGCAAAACAUUUUCAGAUUGAAAUUUAUUCAAAUAAUUGUAAUAUAUUAAAGUUACUACUAAAUAGCUUACUUCUAAUUCAAACUAAAAAGAAAUAUACAAAAACUUCUCAAAAGGGACAAAACUUGGGAAUAAACAAUGGAAUCACUUUCUUUUAUUUAUUAGAUUUUCUAUGACGUACACGGAGCAAAUAAUAUUUGUACAUAAAUAAUUAAAAUUUUAUUUGUUUAUCACUAUACCUUUCACCUACAAUCCCUCAUAGCAUUUCGUUUUUCAUAAAGUUUAUAAAAGUAUCUUCAUCCCAAACUGUAAAUACUCAUCGACAGUCUGGUUCUUUUCGUAGAUUUAUUAAUUUACAACUAUUAAAAAAAAGUUCAAAUGUAAAUGUACUCCGCAACAAAGCGAUUAUUUUUAUUGUAAAGAUCUGAGAAGAUUUAUCUUUUCACGAGUACAAAUAAUGUAAAAUCUGGAUCUUCAAAUUUUGUAUAAGAUUUAUAUCCCAAUGUCAAUUAUUUAACGCUAUUUCUAUAUUUUCCAAAGAGUUGCGUUCGUUUUUUGUACUGAUAAUAAUGUAAAAUUGGAAUGCAAACCAUUAAAAUCUUUUUCUUCAAAUUAUUGUCACAAUAAAGCUAAUUAAUGGAGGAAAUGUAUUCGCGGGCCGAAUAAAAUUACUUCGGUGGGCCGCAUGUUACCCGCCAGUUUGAGACCGCUGCAUUUUCAUACCAAUCUUUGAAAGAAAUCCAAAAAAAAAAAAAAAAAAAAAAA